CUAUGAAUCCCUGGAUCCUGCAAGUACAAACUCAACAAAACCUAUCUCACAGCAUCAAUCCACAGCAAGAGUAAUAUUAAGAGAUCAAGCGGACCUAUAAAGCACACAAAGCUUGCAUUUUGUUUUACUUGAACUAAUGAUGGUGACUUCUACCAACUAUUUACAGCACGGGGCCUUACUCGUUGCCUUAGCGUUGAGCUCUUUCGAAGUAUCGGAAGCCUUUUCGACGUCGCUCAGAGGACAUGCAGCUAGUUUCCAUGAAAACAGAUUUCAAAACAACAACCGCAUCGGCCGACGUGUUGCGAGAAUGCCAAGAGGGCUAAAACUUGCAUCCCAGGUUGAAGAGACGGAGACAGCGGAAGGCGCCGACGAAGACAACGAAUUGUUCAAGGAGGAGAUCCGAGCCUUGUGUUUGGAGCGAAACCUGCCCCUCGAAAGCGUUAAAAACUGCCGUGACCUGGCUUGCACCUCAUCGUCCUCCAUAUUACCGGGUCGGAUCUUUCGAACGGGACGACUGGGUGACGCCUCCGAGAAGGACAGAGAACUCUUGUUCAAGGAUCUCGGGAUCUCCACCCUGGUGGACCUGCGAUCCCCGACGGAACUCCGGGACGACGACGCUCUCAUGGCAGAAUGUUUUGAUGGCUUUACCAACCUGGUGUGGAUCGAAAACGGACGCCGACGGGACGGAUGCGUCCGCGAAUUGGCAGCGGGAGUGUCGCCCGUGGAAAAAGCGCGGAAGCUUCGGCUGAGCAAGAAACAACUCGAUGCUUCCGACGACCUUGCAGCAGAGGACGAAAUGUGCGAGGUGGGGUGCGACGAUCCCCUGACCCUGCCUGCCGAACGCGCGCUUACCAAGUCGAAAGAUCGCAACGAGAGGCACUUUGUCUCGCUGAUGAAUGAAUUCAAGUACGUUCGUGGGACUGUUACCAAGGUUCGAAAACGUGACAUUGCCAAGGCUAUCAUCAAGGCACCCGGAGCAUUCCUCAGCAAACGUAUAUGGAACUCCCUGAAAGAACCGUUUAUCACCGAAAUCAACUCGGGGGGAUUGAUCAUGCUCAACGAUUUGCUGUUGAGGUUCGGAGCUCCGGGAAUCAAGUACGUCCUCGACCUUGUUGCCGAAAGCGAUCGCCACCCCGUGGCCUUUUACUGCACCGCUGGCAAGGAUCGAACCGGGAUCAUUGCCGCCAUCAUCUUGAGUAUUUGCGGCGUCAAGUCCGAAGACAUUGUCGAGGACUACUCGCUCUCUGCAAACGUUUACGCCGAAAUGAAGGACCACAAGGCCAUGGUUGGAGCCCUGUCCCAGCGAAACCUAGACGCCAAAACUUUUCUCGGUGCCCCACCGGAAGUCAUGGCCGACACACUGAUAGCUAUCGAAGAAAAUUAUGGUAGUGUAGAAGGAUACUGUGAUUACAUAGGAUUCGGCCCGGAACGACGCGAGAAGUUGAGAAAGGCGCUGACAGAGGAAUGAACGAAAAAAUAAAAAAUGAAUGGGGCAAAUACAAUGUUUUGCUUCCAACGAAAUAGGAUGAAUUCAUCGGCAAGAAAUAUUUUGUUAUCGAUGACUCAUCAUAUAUAUGAUCGAAGAGCUCCAGAUAACGUAUAUUCUCGAGUCAGUUCUGUACAAGAUAGUCCAAUAACCAAUAGUAAAUCAUUAAAAAUAUA